CCCAAGGAGAAGGAGAAACAGAUGGAAAAGCGGCUUAAACGUUCCCGGCGUGAAGUCCAUUGCCGGCCACGGACAUGCCAGGAACCAGCCGAGCAACAGGAUUAAUGCAGAAAGGAGCUGCUGGAAGGGGUCGGUGGGCGCCUGCACCCCGGGGACCCUUCCCUGCCACCCCCUCCCAGCUCCAGGAGCCGCUUUGUCCCCAUUUCCCGAGGUUCCACCGCGGGGACUACACGGUGGAGGUGAGCAUCAACGACUACCUGGACAUCUACUGCCCGCACUACGAGGAGCCGCUGCCGGAGCGCAUGGAGAGGUACAUCCUCUACAUGGUCAACUACGAGGGCCACGCGUCCUGCGACCACCGGCAGCGCGGCUUCAAGCGCUGGGAGUGCAACCGGCCCGACUCCCCCAACGGGCCCCUCAAGUUCUCGGAGAAGUUCCAGCUCUUCACCCCCUUCUCGCUGGGCUUCGAGUUCCGACCCGGCCACGAGUACUACUACAUCUCUGCGUCCCCCCCGAACACGGUGGACAGGCCCUGCCUGAAGCUGAAGGUUUAUGUUCGGCCAACAAACGAUUCCCUGUACGAGUCCCCGGAGCCCAUUUUCACCAGCAACAACUCCUGCUGCAGCCUCAGGGUGCCGCCGGCGGCGCUGGCGGUGGUGCCGGUGGUCUGGACGCUCCUGCUCUCGUAGCACCGACCCCGAGGCGCCGGGAACGGAUCCCGCCCGGCCCGGAGGGUGCCCAGGGACGCUCGGUGCUGUCCCCAAGGAUCCUGUCGCCGCCUGAAGUCCCCGCCCGGAGCGGUGCCCGGGGAUGGAUCCCGAUUUCCAUCCCUGCCCUGCAGCUCUGGCUGUCCCGGUGGGGCGUUGCUUUUUACAUUUCUAGACCAAAUACAGAGUCCUCGUCCGUUUGGGUUUU